AUGUUGGCCAACAAGGCGCCACGGUUUGCCAAGGCGAGUGGGAGUGUUGUCGAAGACGCGUCUCGUCCAGCGAGCGACAAACGAAAGGUACAGUCUGGUGAUUAA